GCGAGAGAAGAAACCAAGACCUACCCACCAACGCCAGGACCUUUCCCAAAAAGUCUGCUAACUGACCACGUGUCAUUUUCCUUUCCUAAAACAAGUGGGUACCAACCAGCCUUGGUGUUUUCCCCAACCCAGCCUGGACAGCCGCCUACAGGAAAUGCAGCCGUCCCUAGGAUGACCUCUGCUGGGUCAAAUUUCUAUGUGCCUCUUGCGUUUAACCACACAAUUGGACAGAUAACACUUUCUGAACAUAAGGAUGUCAAAUUUAAUUGCUCAAUUAGCAUACCUACUAUAUACCAGGACACUGCGGUUAUUUCUUGGUGGAAAGAUGGGAAGGAAUUGCUUGGGGCACAUCAUGCAAUUACUCAAUUUUAUCCAGAUGAUGAAGUUACCGCAAUAAUUUCUUCCUUCAGUAUAACCAAUGUGCAGCGUUCAGACAAUGGAUCGUAUGUCUGCAAGAUGAAAAUAAACAGUGACGAGAUUGUGUCUGAUCCCAUCUACAUUGUGGUGCAAGGACUUCCCCACUUUACCAGGCAGCCAGAGAGCAUGAAUGUCACCAAAAACACAGCCUUCAACCUCACCUGUCAGGCAAAGGGCCCACCAGACCCAGUCAACAUUUUCUGGAUCCAAAAUAGCAGCCGGGUUAAUGAUCAACCUGAAAAAUCUCCCUCUGUUCUAACUGUUCCUGGUCUCACUGAGACUGCGAUCUUCAGUUGUGAGGCUCACAAUGAAAAAGGGCUGACCGUGUCCAAGGGCGUGCAUAUCAAUGUGAAAGUAAUCCCCUCCCCACCGACUGCAGUCCGUGUCCACAACAGCACUGCGCACAGCAUCCUGAUCUCUUGGGUUCCAGGUUUCGAUGGAUACUCACCUUUUCGGAAUUGCAGUAUUCAGGUGGAGGAAGUUGAUCUGCUGAGUAGUGGCUCACUCAUGAUUUUUAAUACCUCUGCUUCACCACAUCUGUAUCAAAUUGAGCAGCUGCAAGCCUUGGCUAAUUACAGCAUUGGCGUAUCGUGCAUGAAUGAAGUAGGCUGGUCUGCAGUGAGCCCUUGGGUUCUGGCCAGCACAACUGAAGGAGCCCCAUCAGUAGCACCUCUGAAUGUCACUGUGUUUCUGAAUGAAUCUAAUAAUAAUGUGGAUGUCAGCUGGAUCAAACCUCCAAUUAUGCGUCAGAACGGGAAACUGAUAGGGUACCGGCUAUCCCACACAUGGCGGAGUGUGGAAAGUUCUAAAGAUUUCUAUCAGGAAGUUAGCCAGAACGUCAGCAGCGCUCAGAUUCUUGUUCAAGUCCACAAUGCCACAUGCGCAGUGAGGAUUGCAGCCAUCACCACAGGGGGAGUGGGACCUUAUAGUGACCCCGUGGACAUAUUCAUCCCUGCACAAGCUUGGGUAGAUUUUGCCCCUUCAUCCACCCCGGCACCUGGCAAAACAGAUCCUGUGCUCAUCAUCCUUGGCUGCAUUUGUGGAUUCUUUUUGAUGGGAUUGAUUAUCUAUGUCUCUCUGGCCAUCAAAAAAAGAGCCCAGGAAACAAGGUUUGGGAAUGCAUUCACAGAGGAGGAUUCUGAAUUAGUGGUAAAUUAUAUAGCUAAGAAGUCCUUCUCCCGGCGAGCCAUUGAACUCACUUUGCAUAGCUUGGGUGUCAGCGAGGAACUGCAGAAUAAGCUAGAAGAUGUUGUGAUUGACAGAAAUCUUUUAAUUCUUGGGAAAAUUCUUGGUGAAGGCGAAUUUGGGUCUGUCAUGGAAGGAAAUCUUAAUCAGCAAGAUGGAACCACUCAGAAAGUAGCAGUGAAGACAAUGAAACUGGACAACUUUUCACAGCGAGAGAUUGAGGAGUUUCUCAGUGAAGCAGCAUGCAUGAAAGACUUCUGCCACCCAAACGUCAUCAGACUUCUAGGUGUCUGUAUAGAAAUGAGCGCUCAACGCAUCCCAAAGCCAAUGGUUAUUUUGCCCUUUAUGAAGUAUGGGGAUCUACAUACCUACUUACUUUAUUCUCGACUUGAUACAGGACCAAAGCACAUUCCUCUGCAAACACUGUUGAAGUUCAUGGUGGACAUUGCCCUAGGAAUGGAGUAUCUGAGUAACAGGAAUUUCCUGCACAGAGACUUAGCUGCUCGGAACUGCAUGUUGCGAGAUGACAUGACUGUCUGUGUUGCGGACUUUGGCCUCUCCAAGAAGAUCUACAGUGGUGAUUACUACCGCCAAGGCCGAAUUGCCAAGAUGCCUGUGAAAUGGAUAGCCAUAGAGAGUCUUGCAGAUCGAGUCUACACAAGUAAAAGUGACGUGUGGGCAUUUGGCGUUACCAUGUGGGAAAUCAUGACGCGGGGGAUGACUCCCUACCCCGGAGUCCAGAACCAUGAAAUCUAUGACUAUCUUAUCCAUGGUCACCGGCUGAAGCAGCCAGAAGACUGCCUGGAUGAAUUGUACGAAAUAAUGUACUCUUGCUGGAGAACUGAUCCCUUGGACCGACCUACCUUUUCAGUGUUGAGACUGCAGCUAGAAAAGCUCUUGGAAAGUUUGCCUGAUGUUCAGGACCAAGCAGACGUCAUUUAUAUCAACACACAGUUGCUGGGAAGCUGUGAGGACCUGGCCGAAGGCCCUCCGUUUGCUCAGCUAGAUGUGAACAUGGAUCCUGACUCUAUCAUUGCAUAUUGCACUUCCAGAUCUACAGUCAGCGUGGUCACAGCAGAAGUUCAUGAGAACGAACCUCCAGAAGGAAGGUACAUCCUGAACGGGGGCAGUGAGGAAUGGGAAGAUCUGCCUUCUGCCACUCUCAUGCCGGUGCCAUCUGGAAAGGACUGUGUUUUACCAGAGGACAGACUAAGAAGAAAUGGGGUCACCUGGUCCCAGUCUAGUACACUGCCCUUAGGGAGCACAUCACCAGAUGAACUUUUGUUUGCUGACACCUCCUCAGAAAAUUCAGAAGUCCUGAUGUGA